AUGAGACUCAGAUGGCCAUGCCGAUUUCAUUUCAAAGGAGAUGGCGAGAACCCAAGCCAACAAGCUCUCCAAGGCGGGGUCACUCAAAGUAAAGAGCUAUCCAUCCCACCCAUAACUGUCGUCAAGACCUGUGAGAAACCCGAGAGGUUUGGACUCUUUCCAGUCCAUGUUUCCGACCCCUUCGACGUAGAUGUGGUGGCUGUUCACGGUCUCGGCGGCGAUUGGGAAGAGACCUGGACGGAUAGCGACACCGGAAAGAUGUGGCUUAGAGACUUCCUACCUCUCCAAUUCUCGAACAUUAGGAUAUGGUCGUUUGGAUACGACUCGUCGUAUACGCUAAGCCAGUCCGUAAAUACAAUCGACGAUGCCGCCCGAUCUCUGAUUGAUGGGCUCGCUGGCGAGCGCCUAAAGCCCUCCGCGAAGAAGAAACCAAUCAUAUUCAUCGCCCAUAGUUUAGGGGGGAUCAUUGUGAAAAAGGCACUAAUUCUUACGAAUGAGCGCUCGGAUCACUGGGAAGACCUGCGAGACAGCGCAGCCGGAGCCAUCCUCUUUGGUGUUCCGCAUCGUGGAUCCGACAUUGCAUGGUGGGCUGAUUUCGUAACAAGCAUCUUCAAUUACGGCACUCUAGGAUCCGUUGGAAACCGGGAAGUCGUUAAGGCAUUGAAGCGCAACUCUCCCGCUCUCUCACAAAUCUCAGAUUCAUUCAUUCAGCUAGCCAACAACUUGAAAUUGAUCCGCACAUUUUAUGAGACAAUGAGAAUCGGAAACCAAAUUAUUGUUAACAAGGACUCCGCAAAUCUUCGACUCCAUAACGAAGUUGCCAUACCUAUCCAAGGAGCAGACCAUCGAAAUUUGUGCAGAUUCGGGAAUGAAGAGAGCCAAAAAUACAGGCCUGUGAAGAACGCAUUGUAUGAUAUGAUGAGAAAGGUGACAGAAGACAGCAGCCCAUGUUCCAGCUGUUACCAAAUACCGUUCAGUCUGCAAGGUGUAUCAGUGACCAUGAAUUUCGUUCCACGUCCAUUUGAUACAGCCAAAAUCGAACAGACUCUUCUUCCGGGAUGUCACUCUCAUGGACGGAAAAUAUUCGUCCUCUAUGGUCUUGGCGGCAUCGGGAAAACGCAACUGGCGAUCGACUUUACUCGACACCAUCACGGGAAGUUCAGCGCGGUAUUCUGGCUAGAUGGAAGUUCAGAAGAUAACUUGAAACAAAGCCUUGCGAGCUGCAUAGCCCGUGUCCCAGAGGGACAAGUUUCUGAAGAGAGUCGAAAGUAUCUCUCACAUGGCAAAGGUAAUCUAGAUGCGGUUGUCAUAGAGAUGAUGGAAUGGUUGAGUCGCCCCGACAAUACUGAUUGGCUUCUCGUGUUUGACAAUGUUGACCGGAAAUAUCCAAAUAACAAUCCAUUUCAUGGCGCAUACGAUAUAAACCGCUACCUCCCGAGUGACCACGGAUCAAUCCUCAUUACCACUCGUCUAGCUCGGCUCGCACAACUUGGUGACUCGAAGAAACUCGAAAAAGUUGGGAAAGUCCAAGCACAUGCCAUAUUUCAAAGAUGGUACGGGAUGAAUUUAGAUUUGGUCGACACCAUAGAUUUAUUAGAUCUGCUUGACGGCUUGCCUCUUGCCUUGGCCCAAGCUGCUGCAUAUCUUAGAGAAACCAAGCUUGAAUUUAGUUCGUAUAUUCGGCACUAUAAAGAACAAUGGAACUUGUUAAUGAAAGAUGAGCCCUAUCCACCACUCAUAGACUACGAGAAGCAACACAGCCUCAGCACAACUUGGUGGAUAUCGUUCAAUGCCAUCAAAGACAUCAGCGUGGAAGCCACAGAGUUGCUAAUGUUGUGGGCAUUCCUAGACAACAAAGUUCUUUGGUAUGGCCUGCUUCAAUCCGUCGCAAACUCUACGAUGAACCUGCCCGAGUGGCUCCGGAAGCUAGCAACUGAUCAACUUACGUUUACCAGGGCCAUAAGAGUUCUACUAAAUUAUUCAAUAAUCGAGGAAGGGGAGGGGAAAGAAAGCUACUCUAUGCACCCGGUCGUUCACAAGUGGGUGUUAGGAAUACAAGUUGGUAAGCGAAGAGUCGAGUUCAUGAAGUUGGCCGUCAUAGUGGUCGGCAUGUGCGUGCGAAGCAGAAAUGGCAAGGAUUGGAAUUUCCAUCGAAGAUUAGUCCGACACGCGGAAACUUGUCGAGCCUGGAUCUCAUCCGACAAAGGCGCGAUGUAUAGGAUGGAUACGGAUGAACAACCAUACGAGAAAGGCAUCAGCGCGGUGCUCAACGCAGCUCACUACUUGGGAGACCUCUUCCGGAGCCAAGGGAAGUUAACAGAAUCAGAGGAGAUGUAUCGCUAUGCAUUAAAUGGCAAGGAACAAAUUCUAGGACCAGAUUCCAGAUCGACUCUCGACACAGUAAAUAACCUUGGCGUUCUUUACCAGAAUAAAGGACAGUUGGAGUCGGCGGAAAAAAUGUACAGACGGGCACUGAAAGGAAGAGAACAAGAACUAGGGCCCAAUCAUGUAUCAACUCUCGGUACAGUCAACAACCUAGGGCUCCUCUACGUGGAUCAGAACGAAUUUGAUAAAGCAAAGGAAAUGUACCAGCGCGCAUUAGAGGGCAGAGAAAAGCAUCUAGGGCCAGCACAUCCAUUAACGCUUCGAAUCAUAAGCAACUUCGCCGUUCUUCAUAUGAAACAACACGACUUACAGAGAGCCGAAAAGAUGUACUGGCGCGCCCUUGACGGAUAUAAAAACACAUUAGGGGCCGACCACAUAUUGGCCAUUAACAUAACAUACAAUAUGGGUGCUCUUUACACUAAACAGGGCAAGUUAAGAGAAGCGAAAGGGAUGUACCAGCAUGCUUUAGAAGGAUACAAAAAGGCUCUCGGGCCCGGCGACGCAUUAACCUACAGCGCAGCUUACAAAUUAAUCAACCCUUAUGCCAAAGAAACACCCAUGGAAUGGACUAUACCUGAAGAAGAAUCACAUGUAUCUACAUCGAGAUCUCCCUUAGAGGAUCUCGAAAACUUUUGUCAUGACUCUGGCUGGGGAAGCCCUACCUGCGAGUGUUCGGCGGGCAUAUUAGGCUACACUUGCAGAAUCCUUAUUAACAGGAGAAGGGUUCUAUCCUAUGGACCGUGCGAAUCACCCCAAAUCGCCAGGGAGCGCGGGGCCCAGAACACCCUGCUACUUGGACGGCUCUUAUUCACCAAUGAACCGUACGAAAACUACAAGAAAUUUAUCUCACUACCAAAGGAAUACCGCAGGCCUCGGUCCAUAUUUCAAAGUUCGUACAACUCAGGCUCAACUACAGCUACCGGCAACAAGCCUCGGUCCGACUUUCGAAGUCUGUACGGCUCAGCUUCAACUACGGCUGCGGGCAGAUCAGCCUUAACAUGCAGGGGCUGGGAAAUGCCGCGCUUCUUGCCACCCGAAACCACCGUAUCAUUGGAAAUGUGA